UUUUGUACGAUUUAAUAUAUUUUUAUUGUAAUGUCAACUCAUUUUUACAAAAUAAAAGUGAUUCAAAUAAUAAUAGAACAAGUGGUUGUUUAUUUCCACUAAGAAUAGAUGAAUCAUCAGAUGAUGAUGAUGAUGAUGAUAAUAAUAAAAAAUCUAUUGAAUGGGCUGCGCUUUUUCAUGUGCCGGCAAAUGGCCUUCAAGCAAAAUGUACAUUCACAAAAUGUACAAUUGUAAAAUGAACACGAAGCAAAAUGUACAUUUGAUGAAGUUAAAAUGAAAUUUCUCGUAAAAACUCCAAUCACGGGUGCCUACCAUUGGAAAAAGCUGUGGGAUGAUAGAAUACUAGAACUUGAAAAUGGAUUUCUAAAAAUAUAUAAGUAUUCAGUAGAAAAGGCCAAAGAAGUAGGUUCUCCAACUACAGCGAUUAAUCUAACAAAUAAAUCUGGGUUUACGUUACGAACAGAAAUUAAAGCUAAUGAUGUGCCUAAAAUUGUAGCAAGUAAGCUGAAAAACAUUUUUAUCAUUGAAGAGUCGAGUCCGUCAGCACAAAAUAUAUCACCACAGCAGAUAAUAAUCAUGGCUCAAUCAAAAAUUAUAAAAGAAGAAUGGAUAGAAAAAAUAAAAACUUUAAAAAAAAUAACAUCACGUCAAAACAAGCAUCAAAUCUCAAUAAAAACAAUUUUACGGUUUGAAAAGAAUUGGUUAAAAUAUAAUUGUAUUGUUGAGCUUAAUCUGCAAAGUAAAGAUAUUCUUCUUUUUAGAUCACAAGAAGGUCUUUAUUGUUUAGGCCCAUUUAACAGAAUGUCCUUAUUACGUGGAGUUACGUUUAUUAAAAAUUUAUCAGUGCACGAAAACAUGGGCUUAGCAAUAAUGAUUGCUGGUGAAGAUCCUGAAUUAGUAUCAUGUGAUUUACGACAAUUAAAAAGUGAUGCGAUGGCUGCUGAUUGUUCAAGACCAGCAAUAACAACUAAAAAUAUAUUAAAUCGUACAAAAAGUUGUCAUUUUUAUCAAUUUAAAAAUGAUUUACUUUGUGCUGCAACAGAUUCAACAAUUAUAUUAUUAAAAUGGAAUUCGAAUUCUGGUGGAUCGAUAAUUGAUGUUGUUUUUUGGCUACCUGAUGGAGGUACUAAAGAUUCAAUUGUUGUAUUUAAAAUUGUUUGUUGUUUAGGUUUUCGGUGA